GUGUUAAUUUUAUUGACUUGUGAGUUGUGUUUACUAUUUACUAUAAACAUAAUUCAAUUAUUUUGAACAGUUAACAUUUAACAAUGAACACCAUCAAUUGAGUUUGCAUUCCAAGUUCGGGUGGAUGUAUAUUUUACUUUAAACUUUUCAUAAAACGGUUUGGACUUUUAAUAUUAAUUUUUCUAUUCAAUGUGACCAUCUGAUGUUUAAUAAAAAACACAACUCCUACAAUUUAAUAUUUUAUGUAGAUUUUCUCGGUUAACAGUUUAUUUGUUUGUUUUAUCGUUUUUUUGUACACUAUAUACAUUAUUCAUUGAUUCCACUGAUACCGUCAAAAUGUACGCCCGAAGUAAAACUCCCAGUAUGGGAACUCCGUCCGUGUACUCGAUACACGCUAGUCAUUUGACUCUCCGAUCUUCUAACCUACGGUCAACGCGUUCCAUGAAAUCUUUACGUGUGCCAUGGUACCAACGUCCUAUAUUGAAAGAUGCUUACUUCCUUGAUACACAGAGAGGUGCACUUGUCAUUGCCUUCUAUUCUCUGUUUCUAAGCAUUUUUACAUUGGUGACGUCUGCGUUUGAUACAUAUUGUUUGGCAAUGGCUGCUCCUGGAUCUACACAUUAUGGUUACUAUGUUAUGAGCUAUCAGUUUGUAUAUGUUGGAAGCUCUUGGGUCAGAAAUUUAUUGGUCUUGUUCUCAUUGUUUUCAUUUGUUGUGGCAGCUGUUAUUUUUGUGACAAGUUUGAUUUUAAUAUCUGCAUUACGCAAGGAGCAUGAGAAACGGAUUGUGCCUUGGUUAUUUUCGUUUGCUGCAUUUACAGUAUUUCGAUUUAUUGCUUGGUUGUUUUCUUCAAUAGCCAAUGAUCCCAUAUUUGGAUAUAAUUUCUCCAUGAUUUUGCUGGGUGCAUUGUUCAGUGUCAUCAAUGUAUACGGUUGGAUACUAGUAUAUUCUUUGUAUUUGGAACUGUUUGAUUUGACUAAGCUUGAAGAUUUAGCACAUUUGAGAAUUGGAACUAUGGCCUCGCUGAAUGCAUCUACAACACAUUCUUUAGCUGGAUCUCGUCCUACUACUCCUCAUAGUACUGUUUCCACUGUUCCAGUAUAACACGAUACAAUAUUUUAUUGGCAAAUCAGACAGGGAAAUGUAGUAUUUAUUAUUUUUAUUUUUAAACUACAGUAUAGUCACUAAUCUAGACUUGAUACAGAUCUGGUCAUCCGGACUAGUGAGGUCUGGAUUAGCAAGACUACUGUAUUAUAAUAUGUAUUAUUAUUUAGACUUAUGACAAUGCGCUUGACACAAUGUAAUCUUAUCCGUCCAUUUUGUGUUCAAAUGUUUUAUGUUGACAAUUAAUCAGUAUUUUAUUUUAUUCAUAAGUAUCGUAUUUCAUUUUUAUACUUGAAUACGUUUUAUAUCAUUAUUUUUAACAUGGGUUAAAUACAUUGUAACUACAUUGACUACUCUAAUGCCGAGUUUACACAGUACAAUAUUAAAUAAAACAAAAACUUAAUUUUCUCAUUACAAAUAUGGAAAUCUAAUUUUAAUUAUAACAUAGCAGUUAACAAUGUUUCCAUCCUUUCAGAUAAUUUAUUUUGUUUACAUAUUUCUUGAACUUAUACUAAACAUUAACACUGUAAUAAUGUUAAUAUCAAAAACAAAUUUUUUUCGGAAAAUUUUGUAUCAAAAUUGAUACAAUUAUUCCUUAUAAUAAGACCACCCCUUCCAAGAAAACAUUUUUUGUUCAUAUUCACUGAAACACAAUCACUGUUUUGUUUUAUACUUUAUAUUUUUAUCUUUGUUUCCCGGCUUAACAUAUCAAUUGACAACGUUUAUAUUAUAGAUUGGACUAUACAUCCAAAUUUAUUAGUGAUGAAACUUUUAUGUUAUCCAUAUAAAAGAGAGACUAAUUGAAUGAAUAAAACUGAAUAGUAUUUUCUAUAUGUAUCUAUACUCUAUAGUUUAUAGUAUGCUUAACCAAUAGUAUUAAUAACUUUUUAAGAACAAAAGUUUCUUCAUUUUUAUAUAUUUAUUUUUAUUGCACAUAUAAUUUUAGUUAAGUUAAUAUUUUUUACAAAUUUUAUAGUGAUAUUUUAUCAGUUACGAGUCACAGAUAGUUAACAUUUUUUUGAAUUUUAGUUUUAAUUUGAAUGCAAGCCAAAUUAUUUUUUACAAUAUAAUAAUUUACUUAAUUAACUGGUAGUAGCAUUAAUUAUAUUAGAUAAAAUGAUACAUAUAAACUGUAAAUUUGUUUUGUGAAUCUCCACUUAUUUUUAUACAUUUUAUUAAAACUUUGUAAUAAUAGAGAGAAUAUUAUAGUUUUAUCAUAAAUUAAAUCAAAUUAUUAUAUUUUUACAUUAUUUUUUUGUGUUUAAGUAAAAAACCAUAAAUUUAUUAUUAACAUGGUUUAAUAAAUUAAUAGUUAUAACA